ACAAUGCCUCUGUGGGACAGAAGCACGCAGACGUGAAUCAAGAUGCCAAACUGGGGAGGUGGCGCAAAGUGUGCAGCCUGCGAGAAAACUGUCUAUCAUGCGGAGGAGAUCCAGUGUAAUGGGAGAAGCUUCCAUAAAACCUGUUUCAUCUGCAUGAGCUGCAGAAAAGGACUGGACAGCACCACAGUAGCAGCGCACGAGUCUGAGAUCUACUGCAAAUCUUGCUACGGCAAAAAAUAUGGGCCGAAAGGUUAUGGGUACGGGCAAGGGGCUGGAGCGCUGAGUUCCGAUCCUGUUGGAAAGCAUGUUGAUCUCCAGCCCGAUGAAUCUAAACCACGGCAAUCCUCGACCAACUCCACAUCUAACAAGUUUUCCACGAAGUUUGGAGGCUCUGAUCGCUGUCCUCGUUGCUCCAAAGCUGUGUAUGCAGCAGAAAAGGUGAUGGGAGCCGGGAAGCCUUGGCAUAAAACGUGCUUCCGCUGUGCUAUGUGUGGUAAAAGUCUGGAGUCGACCACAGUGACCGACAAGGAUGGAGAGAUAUACUGUAAAGUUUGCUACGCCAAAAACUUUGGCCCAAAAGGAUUUGGACUUGGAAAUGCCGCCAUGUUGGAGGAACGAGACUGAACACUGUGUGGUAGUUGUGAAGAAUUAAAUAGCCUUAAACUAUUACUGUUAACACAACAACAGCUACUAUCAAGUCAUUAACUUUGCUUCGCUUUGUUUGUGAUGAGCCAUGUUUGUACCAAAAUGUUUCUUCAGCAAUUUUUCAGUGUUUGUCACUGAUUAGCUCAUAGGUGAGCUGGAACUUUUCCCACCUGACUUUGGGCAAAAUGUUUUGUUAGAAGUGCAGUUUGUGGAAGAUUCUAACAAUGUAUAAAUCAAUAAAAAUGUUAACUGUGUAGUCAGCUAUUAAACAACAGUCUGUACAUGACUUAAGGGCUAGUUUGUAGCCUCGUGCUCUAAUUAUAGUUUGUAUGAACUGUUGAACAAUUUGCAAAGGAGCAUGUUAUUGAAAAAAAUACAGGAGCCUGUGAAUGCCAGUGCCACCCAAUUAUUGACAUAGUUAUAGGUGGACUGAGUGACGAACAUCUGUGUAUGUAACAAUAGUGUCUUUUUUUUGUUUUGCUUUUCAUUGUCUAUUAUAUCAUCAGGUAUUGCAGGGUUUCUACAGGUAUCAGGAAAUCUCAUUUAAUGCUUUAAACUACCGUAUUUUACGCACUAUAAGGCGCACCGGAUUAUAAGGCGCACCUUCAAUGAAUGACAUAUUUUAAAACCUUUUCCAUAUACCGUAAUUUUUGGACUAUUGGGCGCCCCUAAUUACAAGCCUCACCCAGUACAUUUUUAAAGGAAAACCCAUUUUGUACUUACAUAAGCCUCUCCUGACUACUAGCCGCGUGUGCCCACUUAGUAACAUGAGAUGUUGACAAAGAAAUACACAGUUUUCAGAAUUUUAAU